UCGGGCGUGCAGGCGGGCGCGGCGCGGCUCCCAAGUUGCAGCUUUGCUGGGCGGAUCUUGCCGACGGCAACUGGGUCGACGGAGCUGGCUGCGACGAGCUUCUCCAUCAUCAACAUCAUCAUCACCACCUUGGGCUCCUCUUGUCUGCUGUCCGGAUAUCAAGAGCUACAGACGGCGAUACCCCCACCAAUUCCACUUCUCUCAUUCCCAGUCCAGACAAGAUGCGGUUCUCAACAACGACGACUGCCAGCCUGCUGGCUUCCACAGCCGCGGCCUUCAGCGACUCAGCACCCUUCGUCCUCUUCUCUACAUCCAAGCUCUCCAUCCCAGCCGGCGAGACCUCGCAACUCCAGUCCACAUCCCGCGCCCUGCACACCACCCACGACAUCCUGGCCAGCUGUCCCACGAGCCGCUACGUGCUCAUCAGCCAGCCCGGCGUGCACGCCUCCGACCUGCGCAACCCCCAGUCCGGAGUGUGCCACUCGGCGAACCUUUGCGCCGCCGCGGGCGAGAAGGCGGUCCAGGGCCGCUACGACGUCGCCGAGGUCGUCGGGGAUGACAUCAGCGUCGACGGGCUGAGCAGCUACAUCAAGGCUGCCUGCGCGGAGCAGGGCAGGAAGGAGGGGCUGGUGGUCGAGGAGCACCGCCUGGAGGCCCUGCCCGCGCAGAAGGGUGAGGCCAGGGCGACGAAGCUCGCAGAGAAUGAUGUCGAGAUCGGCGACAUCCUCUCCGGCGCGCAGGCCAGCGGCGACGACUACACGGUGAUCUACCUCUCGUCGCCGCACUCCUCGGCCGUCUACGAGUCCGAGUACGUCGAGUCGGGCGCCAUCCAGAUGGAGCUCAAGAGGCGGACGGGCGACGUCGUCGUCGAGCGCAGGGCGGGCAACGCGAGCGACAGCAACGCGCCGCUGUUCGUCAAGUACCAGUUCUUCACCCCGGGCAUCUUCAUGGGCAUCGUCGCCCUGAUCAUCAUGCUGUCCCUGCUCUACGUCGGCCUGUCGGCCGUGGCGAGCCUGGAGGUUUCGUAUGGUGCUUUCGACAAGGAGAACGGCCCGGCUGCGCAGAAGAAGAACAACUGAGCGGGAAGAGCACGGGGUAUCAGUCUGCACCGUGUAGUAUGAGGCCGAUGGUGGGAGGAGAGCGUCGGGUGUCUUGUUAGCAUAUUGCUGUAUCAUCUCAGGAGUUUGUAUUUUGCUUAUGGGCGCGUUCAAUAUCGAUCUUCCGUAGACCUGGAAUGGAAUCAAGGAGUUCAGAGGCCGCUCUCUUUCCAAAGCUUCCGAUCUCGUGGGGUCUCGGCACUCAUUUACUCCUGCGUAAAUAUCACUUGAAUCCAAGGGAACACUAGCCUCUUCAAAUGUCGAGGAUAGAAUCUUGGUGAUUUCCCCUUCCUUCCUGAACGCCAUGCCGAUCCAUAUGAAACCCCGCUGUCUAACCCUUUCCGCCUCAACGCACUUGGGGGUCUUUGCAAAGUUUGCCGCCGACCCAAAAACCCCGUCUAUGCCGCGCGCUCAUGGCCGAAUACUCAGUCACACGUGGACGCCCUCGGUCCUAUCCCCGAUUCCCCCCCCCCCUCCUGGAAUACAUUUCAUCAAAGCCCGCUGCAUAAAUGCCACCGAUCCCCAGGGCCAACCA